AUGUUUCUAUUGAUUCAAAUCAGUUCAGUGUUCUGUAGUGGAUUCGAUGGAAUUAUGGAUUCAAUAAGACGGUAUGGUACUGAUCGUGCAAUGUGUAGGGCAAGAGAGUGUGGGCCAUCACCAAGAAGGUGCUACCCAAUUCCACGACCGUGUGUACCAAAUCCAUGUAGGCCAAUUCCACUUCCAUGUCCAUCUCGUUUAACGAAUCUUGUGAAAUUAGUUGGUGAUACUGGAGUAUGCAGGCGUAAAAGAAGGCAUAGUCCAAUUCGUCGACCAAUUGUAAAGAGACCUUGUUAUAGGCCAGUACAUCCAUGCAAGCCAUGUAAACCAUGCAAGCCAAAGAGUUCAAGUAGCUCAAGCAGUUCGAGCAAAACAUCCAAAUCAACCAGCACAUCUAAGAGCAGCUGCACUUCAAAAUCUUCAAAGUCAUCAAAAUCUUCAAAGUCAUCAAAAUCAUCAGAGUCAAAUCACAGCAGCAGUUCAUCAAAGAACAAUAGCUCAUCAAGAACUAAGAUACAAAUUGUAGGAAAACCAAAGCCACUUAAGAAUGGAUGUGUACAGCUGUGUAUUGAGAUAAAGAGCAUGAAUCUGAGAAAAGACCUGAAGAAACUGAUAUUCCACGUAGACUACGUAAACAGUAAGGGAAAGAGAGUAAAGACGAAGGUGAUUCCAAAGAAGUUGAUUGCCGAGAAAUAUGGAUCAAUCAAAGUGGCACUAUCCCUACCAAANAGUUCAUCAAAGAACAAUAGCUCAUCAAGAACUAAGAUACAAAUUGUAGGAAAACCAAAGCCACUUAAGAAUGGAUGUGUACAGCUGUGUAUUGAGAUAAAGAGCAUGAAUCUGAGAAAAGACCUGAAGAAACUGAUAUUCCACGUAGACUACGUAAACAGUAAGGGAAAGAGAGUAAAGACGAAGGUGAUUCCAAAGAAGUUGAUUGCCGAGAAAUAUGGAUCAAUCAAAGUGGCACUAUCCCUACCAAAAAUCAACUUCAAGCACUUCAUUGUUUUGGGAAGAUCAAAAAAGAGUGGGAAAAUUAAGGUCAAAUCGAACAAAAUGCUCUUGCAUCAGCCUGACCUGGAACCAGUUAAAACCAAGAAGGUCAAAGUGGACUGA